GCCGCACGCUUUAAAAUAACGAGAACAGACUCACUUCACAUUACACAUUGCUUCACACAUCAGGAGGUGUAGGCAAAGUUGAACUGCGCAAGAUGAACCGUUUGCUCCUUCUCUUCGCCGCCUUGGCAAUCCUCAGCCUGGCUAUUGCACUCCCGGCUCCAGAAGAUGAAAAAAAGGACGUCGAAGGUCGCAUAGGGUACGGUGGCGGUUUCGGUGGCAGUUCAUUCAACCAAGGUGGAAGUUUCAACCGGGGAGCCUCCGGAAACCGUCACGGGCAAGGCGGCUUCAACUACAACGUUGGUGGAUCCAACCGUAGGAGGUACGGCAACAGUCAGACGUACGGUGACCGAGAGUCCUUCGGACUGAACCGCAACCAAGGUGGAAGCUCGGCUUUUGGACAGGGAAGUCACGGAAACCGUUACAACACUCAGGCAGGUGGAUCCAGCGGGUCGCAGCAUGGAUUCCAGCAAGGAGGUUACCUCGGCUAAAUACGAGUACGAGGUUUUCAAAUACACUCCUAAGACGAAUAAUCGUGAUUCGCGAAGGCCGCGUUUUUAGACAGUUAGGCAGGACAGAUCGUCUAAUAAUAAGUAUGAAAAGUUUUCUGAAGGCGACUGCGCCAGCCAUGUGAACACUAAGAGUGAUUACAAUAAAAGAUACUUUAUUUCGGAAAAACG